UUUUCUCUACACACAACAAACACACACCCUCUCUCUCAGGCUCUAUCAAGAAAAGUAACUAAGCAAUUACCCAAAUCACUCUCUUCGAACUGUUCAAAAGCAAGGGCCUUGACCCUAGAGGCAUUAAAAAAAAAAGGCCUCGGUUUCCUUUCACAAUCUAACACACUCUCUUUCUCUGCCUUUUGAUUUUUGGGCUGGGUCCCUGAGUCUGCAAAUCCAGCAAACCCCAACUCGGGGUUGUGAUUAUUAAAUCUUAAGCAGGCAGCAAAGCAAACCACUCCAUCACUUUCGGCCAUCAAAAACCCCUCAAACCCUCCUUUCAUCAUAAUAUAGCUUUUUUUCUCUAGACAUGGCCGAGAGUUUAGAUGACGGUGAGUUUUGGCUCCCACCUGAGUUCCUUACUGACGACGACUUAGCCACGGAAAAGUAUGAAACGGAAACUCAUGAGGCCACGAAGGGUGGUCUUCUUUCUUUCGAGGUCCCAUAUAUGGGAUUUGGGUCUUUUGGGACUUCGUCGGAUCUCAGUUCUCCGGUUGAGUCCCUGGUCGGUUCGAGCGAGACAGAAAGUGACGAAGAGGACUAUCUCGUUGGCUUGACUCGUCAAAUGGCUCGCUCAACACUCGCCGACCCUGCUUUUUCGUCUGACAAGUCCAAGGCUUGGGUUGUGUCCGGUUCACCACAAUCGACCCUAUGUGGGUGCAGGCAGGGCUCGAGCAACGGAAGUCCGAACGGCCCUUCUCAGGUGUCGAACCCAGCGGCGACUUGGGAUCUGCUUUACGCUGCAGCAGGGGAAGUGGCUAGGAUGAGAACGAGUGAAGAGAUGCAGAGUCUCAACCAUGGCAGAGGAGGUCUAUUUGGUCCACCAAGGAAACUCCAACCUUCUCCAAUCACUGUUCCAGUCAAGAACAACUCCAACUCAGACGUUGGAUUUUUAUCUCGCCAAUCACUUUCUCACCAGCAGUUGCAACAGUUUCAGCAGCUGAGACACCAGCAGAUGAUUAAGCAACAGGGCUCCUCGGCGGUAUGGGGGGGACAAGCCAAAGCGAGUGGAAGAUACCAACAGAGACAGACCCAGCAAGUGGUCCAGAACCAGAACAGAGCAAGGACAAGCACCGAGUUCGUUGGUGGCAGAAAUGGUCGUCCUCUGGGUUUGUCACCAUCUGCAUGGCCUCCUCUGCAACAAGCUCAGCAGCAGCAACAACCACCACAGAAUCUGCAUAAUGGGUCUGCCAUGAGAGCUGUCUUUCUUACAAACCCAGGUGGUAAAAGAGAGAGCACUGGCACCGGUGUGUUCUUGCCGCGCCGAGUUGAUAGUCCUUCAGAUACCCGCCGAAAGCCAGGGUGUUCGACUGUUUUAGUCCCAGCGAGAGUGGUGCAGGCACUGAACUUGAACGUGGAGAACAUGGUGGGUGGUCAGCCCCAAGUUCAGUCUCGUUUUAGUGCAAAUUGUACUCCAGACACUGAUGCUGUUGCUAUAAGGCUAAGGAGUAACAAUGCUAUGCCUCACCAUCAAAGGCGCAACCUACGGCCGCAGCAAGAAAUGAACCAUGAGAUCCGGCUACCGCAGGAGUGGACUUACUGACCAAAAUGACUUGGAUUUGGUACCAGCUGGGUCCUACAUUAAUUUCGUUGCCUUUUCUUGGGAGUUUUUAGGAAAGGAAAAAGAUUUGAAAGAUUUUAGUUUUUUGCCAUAGGGAUAGAUCUCAUAGUACUAGUAAGUAUAAAGAAAAACAAGUUUGAAGAAAGAAAAUGAAACGGUGACAAUGAAAGAAGAGAAGAAAACAAAGGUUUUUUGGGUUAGUCUAGAUGGUAAUAAAUGUCUACUUUAAGGAAAGUGAAACGAAAUGAUGCUACAGCUUGUGCUUGGUUGGUUGGGCUCAGGGAACGAGGACAAUGGUGGAUGGUUUUUACUUUUUAUUUUUAUUUUCUUUAUUUUUUGUUUUUAGUAUUUCGGGAAAUAAGGCGUUGUGGGAAACAAUUGGAGGGGUUGGGUCCAUGUUUUUUGUUUUAGUGAAUUACUACUACAAAUUGAAAUGAUGCGGGUUUGUCCCUCGAAUUUGAUUCCUACCUGUCAGCCCAACCAAAUACAGUCGAGUAAUAAUAAAUGGAUUUAUUAUUUUUGCCCA